AUGGCUUUGGAGGAACCCAUCCAAUCUGAUACCAUCAUUGUAGCAGCCCUUGCGGGAGAGGCAAAUAUCUACUGCAACUUCUCACUCUCGAUGGAUGUUUUGCAAGUCACCUGGCAGAAGAGAAAUGGGACUUCAUUCCAGAACAUGGCCACUUACAGCUCAAUACACGGGCAGAGGCUGAUAGGGUCAUUUCAGAAGAAGGUGCAUUUCACUAGAGCAACCCCAAAGGCGUCAGCUAUCACCCUCCAAAAUCUCACCCUGGAGGAUGACUCUUAUUACAGAUGCAUUUUCAGUGUGUUCCGUCAUGGCUCCUUCAGCAAAGAUAUACGCCUCAACAUUCAAACAAUUUCUGAGCUCACAGUGGAAUUCCAUUCCCUCCUGCCUGCUGAGGGUCUCCUAACUGCAGUGUGCUCAGCAACAGGAAAGCCAGCCCCUAACAUCACAUGGCUGGAUGACAGAGGCCUGGAGGAAACACCUCAAAUACACCACAUCCAAAACACCAACAGAACAGUAACAGUGACAAGCAGACUAAACUUCUCUGCCAGCCACCUCCAUGCCUUGUUCUGCCUCCUCGACCACCCACAAGGAAGGCAAAAGAAGGCCCUUCACCUGGAAAAAGGAAGGGAAGAUGUUCAGAAGAACACAGUCAUCAUCACAUCGAUAUUAGCUGCUGUGUUGCUCGUACUGGUCUUGAUAUAUUGUGUCAUGAGACUAAAUAACAGCAGAAGGAACAAGCAGCAGACACACCCAGGUGCACCCAGAACUCCUGCAGAGGAGACAGGCUUACAUCAAGACCUAGGUGAGAGACCCUCUCUGAGUCUGAAAGACCAGCGCAUCACUUAUGAAAAUGAGAAGCAGACACCAGGCUCCCCACUUCACAAAAAGCCGAAGAGAAACCUGGGAUUGAGAAAAAGGUGGAGGCACUUGUUUUCGGAGGAAGGAGAGAACCUGAACAACAGCUUCCAAAGUGAAUUGAAGAGUGGACCUGAUGGGUUAUCCAUCAAGGAGCUUGGUUGCUCUCCCAUGAAGGAGGGCAGAGAGGCAAUGGCAGGUGAGGGAGUCCAAGUGACACCCCAGCCCAGCUGCUCCCCAGCCCAGCAGAGGAAGGAGAGACACCAGGAGAGCACAGGGGCCCAUGGGAUGGUCAGUAGCCCACACUAAGGUCUCAGGAAGGGGCAGCUUGCCCAGGCUCCCCCUCCCAGAGAUGUCCCAGGAAAUCCUAAGCCCUAGGGUCUAUGUGGGAAACCCAUCCAGAUGAGUCCAUCAGUGGAGGACCUUUUGAACUCAAGGCAUCACUGCCUAAGGGCUAUGGAAACAUAAGGCCUUGCAAAUGAAGAACAUUUGAGGAUUGCACUGGACUGUUAUGGGAUUCUUAGGGGAGGAGACAAAGGUGAGAAAGGGAGGAAUCAAGGGCAUCUGGGAAUAAUUAGCCUGGGGAAAUGGAUGGAUGAAGGAAUAAGAAUCUGGUUUCAUUUUUGUAGGAGGCUGGUCAGUACGCAUGUCUGGGCUGGCCCAGUGCUCUGUCACCACAGUUUGUCCUGUCUUCUCAUUAAACUCUAUUUCUAACUCUUCUCCCAAAUGGUGUGCAUGUGUGUAGGGGGCCCUAAUGUCAACAACUGGGCCAGGACCAGGGGCUGCAUCUGCCUGGGUGC